AUGUAUACUUCAAGCAAACACCGGGAGAGGGACUCGGAGUCCAGCGCAGGACAGAUACAUAUGCUGGAUGUGGGCAACGGGUGGACAACAACAACAAGUAGUGUCCCGUUAACAUCGGAUAGAGAUGACCAUAGGGUACAAUCACCUCCCGGUGCCCACAAAUUCUGGCGCAACAUAUGCGCUAUAGUGAUGGCACCCUUCGCCCUGACCGGCGCCCCUGUAUUCAGCGCUGCGUUAAUUAGUAGCACCGACAGUACCGACCCGAUUGAUACUACAGGCAAAUGGCUGCGGCAUAUAUUUACCAACAUCUGUCUAUUACCUAUCACAAUUAUAUCGCUAGGUAUCGCACUUUCAUUAAAUGGUUAUUUACUGUACCAAAUCGGUGAUGCUAUAAACAAGCUACUUUUUGUCGGUGAUGUGCCCGAGCAUGUUUUUGAAACCAUAAGUGAAUUGUUUGAUGUACUGCCUAUAGCAUUGCCGGCAAUAUUUUGCAAAUGCGUUGAGCUAAAUGAAUUCAUAUUGAGAUCGGCCAAUACGGCACCUGACGGGUCGCCAGACUUGAGUCGUUUGCGCGAUAUUAAGCGCAAGUUCAAAACAAACGCCGAUAACAUGGUGUGCAUAAACAAGGCGUUCAAUGUGGUAAUGUCUGUGUUUAUCAUCACGAUACUUUUGGACAUGAUCAUUGACACAUUUGACACGGUCAUAUUAUUUUUUGCCUAUUGGGCCCGUCCUGAUGAUAGCACACUGGGCCCUGCCAUGAUCAGGUCACGGGCGGCGCCCAUACAUCUGUGCGACACGUUUAGUCAUUUUGAUUACACCAUAAAGUCCGAGUCGUACCGAUCCUUCCGUUUACUCAAGUAUUACAUGUCGUCCCGUUUGGAGAGGACUGAGACGCCGGCACUUCUAUGUAUUUCCGUUUUCCUGUUUUUCGGUUUCCUAAGCCAGAGGUUUACCGCUCGAACCAACUACUCGUAAUUUAAUUACACCCGCA